AUGACAACUGAAACUGUAAAUGUUACUGUUACGGCUAAUGGCAAUGGUAAUGCUAAGACUGCAACUACGAUGACCGCCACCACCACCACCACCUCCACCGUUAAUGGUAAUGCUAAUGCGCCUUCUGCUGGAGGAAAGAACACGGAAACACAGAAGAAGAAUAGGAUUCAGGUUUCCAACACCAAGAAGCCUCUUUUCUUUUAUGUCAAUCUUGCUAAGAAGUACAUACAGCAGCACAACGAGGUUGAGCUUUCUGCAUUGGGCAUGGCUAUAACUACUGUUGUUACGAUUGCUGAGAUCCUCAAGAACAAUGGUCUGGCCAUUGAGAAGAAGGUGAUCACAUCAACAGUUGGCAUGAAAGAUGAAACCAGGGGAAGGCUCGUUCAGAAAGCUAAGAUCGAGAUUGUGCUGGGAAAGACGGAGAAGUUUGACAGUCUGGUGACAAAUACAGCUACAGCAGCCGCAGCUUCUGCGCCAACAAUGGAUCAGCCAGCUGCCGCAGCGACGGGAAUGGGUGAAAACAAGCAGUAGCAUCCUUUAAAGAUACCUAUGUUGUUGUAUACUGCUUUUAUUACUUUCUAUACUUGAGACUUUAUAGACAUUAGUGUAUUCAGCAUUUUCCAGUUCGAACUCGAGACUGCUGCUACUGCAUAUAUUAAGACAACAAGGAUGCGGACAACCCAACUUAUGAGCACCUAAUCUUGCUUUGACAUGCAAGAUGAUCUGUUGUUGAUGGAUUUAAGAGGUUGUUAGCUCUUUGUUUAUAUCUAGAAUGUUGUACAACUUAUACUAUUUCAGAUUACUGCUCAUAUGUAUGAUGAUGCCUAUCUCACCAUGAGUGAUGCAACUAUUCAAAUAAUAUUCAAGAAGUUUCAGUUUGGA